AUGUUACAAGCGAAGAUCGCAAUGUUUCCCAAGACUUUCUUGCCUCCUUUUUUCGCCAGAGGACUGUCCAAUUUCAUUACUAACCCAAUUCUCCUAAUUGAAACUCGCGCUGAAGUUCCUGGGUACUAAUACAUAUCCUUAUGGAAGACUGCGAGUACAAUUGCAAAAUAAGAAGGUGUAAUGAGCUUCUUCAAAGGAGGUCUCACUUGCUCAAUCAAAGACAGUCUAUUCGCAGGAAUCUAUUAUGUGGUUUAUCGUAAAAUGCAUGAGAUGCUCUUACCUGCUGAUUCAGGCUUUUCCCCUUCAGUCACCUUCCUUUCUGGAAUGGUCGCAGGUCUAGUGGGUACUUGUGCUAGUCACCCUUUCGAAAUCUUGAGAGCCCGAUUACAAACCAAUUAUUAUACCGAUCAAAUGACCAUCAUGCAAAGAUUCAGAAGCACAUAUCAAAACGAAGGACUUUAUGGAUUUACUAAAGGUCUCAGUCCGAGAUUGGUUAGAAAACCUUUGGCCAAUUCACUUUCAUUUCUUCUUGUCGAACAAUUAAAUCAUGUAUUCUAUGGUACUUAAUUUCACUUUUGAUUGUAAUUUUAAUGUAAAUCACUUUAAAAGAUUAACAAUUCUCUAAAUUU